UAAGUUACUGUCUGACAGGCAGGCGCGCUUUGGUUCUAUGAGCGCAGAAAAUUGUGAUGUAAAAAGAGAAGAAUAAAUGUUUGUUGACCAUCAUGGCGAAUCCUAGAAAAUUUAGUGAAAAAAUCGCCCUUCACAAUCAAAAGCAAGCUGAGGAAACGGCUGCUUUUGAAAAAAUAAUGCGUGAAGUUUCCGACGCAACCAAUAAGGUUAACUCUAGUAGUCGACGAGCCAAAGUCAAAGCCCCUCCUGAGCCAGAAGUUGUUGAAAUCCUAGUUCAAACACAACAGGGCUUGGGUACAUUCCGGAGUGGCUCACUUCCUAAUGUCGCAGCACCCGAGCCACCAACAACAAAGACGGAAGUCACUAAGCCCGAGGAAGCACCACUAGUGACGCAGUAUGGUCUCGGUGGUAGGAGUGGGGGGACGUCACCGUCACCACGGUCGCCGGGACAGAGAGGGCGGGCGUCAUCAUCGGUUGGUCCGAUGCGACGACCCGCUGAUCGCAAGCAUGACACCAGCCCAUAUGGAAGCACGGUAUAUCUCAGUCCACCACCGGACAGCAAUUGGCGACGGACGAACUCUGAUUCAGCGUUACACCAGUCCUGCGGUGAGCAGCAAGUGACGACGCAGCCGCUCUCACCGCACCACCCUCUGCAUUCCCACGGACACCCACACUUACACCCUCACCAGAAUCAUCGGCGAGCUAGCAACAUUCCUCUCGACGUGCUAGCGACGCUGGGAAUGAAUCCGACGAACCGUCCGCGAUCGUCGUGUGAAAUACCGCGAAUACCUAACAAUAACAACGUGUACGAGAGUGGCGGGGGCGGCGGCGGCGCGGGCGGCGCGGGCGGCCUGCAGUGCGAGCUGCAGGUGCCGGGCGGCUCGCUGCCCGACCUCACCUCCGUGCACUUCCCGCCGCCGCACUACCUGCCGCACCGGACCUCGCCCGAGUACCAGCCCCGAUAUAGCCCGACGGGCAGCGUGUCGCCGGCGACGGGCGGCCUGUCGCCCGCGUCCGGCUCGCCCGUCGGCGCCACCGUGCCGCUCGCCGCCGUGCACGACCAGCCGCUCUACGACGCGCAGAAUCACUUAUCUGUACCAAACACAAAUAAUUAUCUUCAUCAUAAUAAGAACAUGUCACCGCUCGACCACAGUUGGAUAACGUCGAGCUACCAGUCCCACUGCAGUCCGCCUUCACAAUAUUCAUCGACAUCAAAUAUAAAUGUACCCUCACCCACAAUGGUGCACAGUCCAGGCAGUCCCGUGGAGUCCCCGCAGACGGACUACAAUAACCUUCACCAAGUAUUAUUACAACCGUUCGAGCAAAUUACAAUGCUGGACCCCCCCACGUCGAGCUACAACACGACGUACAUAAACCACAGUUCGCCGCAUUCGUCACAAACAACGAAUUCGUCACACACAUAUUCUCAGUCGCCGCACGGGCUGAGCGGGCACGGCGGGCACGGCGCGCACGGCUCGCACGGCGCGCACGGCGGGCACGCGCCCGAGCCGCGGCGCGCGCGCGACCCGGUGGCGGGCGGCGGCGCGUACGCGGCGCUGCAGCCGCUCGCCUCGCCCUCGCAGCCGCCCACGCCCGCCACGCCCACCUCCAUCCCCGACAUCAUACUCACAGAUUACUCGGGCGAGCUGGACCCCGGCAUAUUCGGCGGGGAGGAGGCGCAGCUGCGCGCCGGCCUGGACCUGGACGACCUGACGCUGCUGGAGGAGCCCAGCGCGCUGCUGCCGGACUCGUCCGUGGAGCACGAGUUCCGCCUGGACCGGCUGGACGGCUUGUAGUACCGUGUCGGCGCCCCGCUAUCUAUUGGCAAUGAUUAGAUUCCCUGGCGGCACUCGCGGACCUCACCUAUGACAGAUCAAAAUAUAAAUAUGUAAAAUCGUUUUUCCCCUAAUUUUUUGAUAUUUUUUAUGUAAAGUUCAAUCAAAUCUAAUAAUAAUUGAUAGAAAGUUGAAAACAUAGAAAACACUCGAAUGUAAUAACGACUACAGAAAUGGUUAACUUUUCCUUCUGAAAGUUGUAAACUUUUGGUGCAAUAUUCUGUGAAUUUUGUGAAUAUUUUUUACAAUUUCGUAGACAUUACAAUGAAAUAAUUGUUGAUUAAUCUUUAAAACAAUACGAAAUGAAAUGCCUGUCGCACGUGGGGCCCGCGAGCAGCCCCGGGGAAGUUACUCUCCACCAAUACUUCAUGACAAUUUCUAUCGUUUCAAGUCUGAGUUAGUGAAUAUGACGCGACGUCGAACAUUCCCGCUGGCCGCCCCGCUGGCCGUGACUGUGACUCUUGUGAAUGCGAGUGACUUGUGGUUUUAAAUGUUUUACUCAUGUUUUUAAUUCGGAGGGUAGGUAUGAUGUAGAGUUAGAUUUUCUAAAUGGUGAUCGAUCCUUUUACCGACGAUUCGUGUACAGAAUUAAUCGAUUAUUUUCUAUUAAGUAUUGUGAAUAUGUACUCGAAUAUCAUUAGAGGAUUUAUUUCGGAUUCGAUUCAGACGUUUCGCGAUCGUUCGACGUGAGACCGCGACGGUCCGUUUGUAAAUAAAACUUCAAAGUGUUCACUUCAUAGAGUUGCAUUUAAGACGCUAAUGUUGCAUGCUAUUUAAAAGCGAUUGAAUCGUUUAAACAGUCGUUGACGCGAUUAUUUUUUUUUUUUUUAAAUUAACAAUGUAUAAAUUAUCUUGACAUUUUUAUAUUACCUAUCGUCUUUCAGCGAUUGCUCAAGCGUUGACUGAACCUUAAUCCGAAUAAUUCUUACUAGAUAAUUACGAUUUACCACAAUUUUAAAAUAAUGAUUUAUUUAGGCACAGGCUUAUGGAUGUUAUGAGGCAUGUAAAGUGCUCGGUUUCCCGUUUUGUAUGUCCCUGGAUGAUGUGUCGUUUAAGAUUUGUAAAUAAGAAUUGUUAAUAAAAUUUUUAAUAAGCUUUUGUCGCAAACAUAUCUAUCUGUGUACGUACGCGUGGUUGCGAGUAUAAGGAUUCAUAUUAUGAAGGUCAAUUUUUUCGAUGUCUAGUUGAGGGAAUCCUGUUCGUUGUAUUCGACCAUGUAUACAAAAUUUUGUUUAAGACAGGUACACUGAUUUGACACGACGCUGCAUUAUUGCUGUACUAAUAUGUAGAGAAUUUACCGUUUAUAUAUCAAACUGGAUUAUUUGAAAGUGUAGUCUUUUGUUUUUUUUUUUUUUUUGAAAUAUUUAUUAUAGGAAUUAGUUAUUACUAGUUGAUACUGUUCUGUAAAUUAUCGAGCGUCGUGUGAGCUCAGUCCGUCCUUCUCUAUUCUCUAUAGAUAUCGACGAAUAUAUGCAUUUUCAAGGUAGUAGGACUACAUCUGAAGUUAAACUUUAUAGUUAAUAAGUUUCGAAAUAUUUAGUUUUUUAAUUCGUCGCGCCCGCUACGACCACGAUUUCAUAACGGAGAUCUAUACUUUUGUAAAAAAAAAAUGUACAAAUUAUAAUUUACAACAAACGGCGGGCGCGGUGGAGAUCGUGUAGUUACGUGUUUUUUUUUUCUUUUGUUAAUGCUCAUUUUAUUAUGUUUUAAGAGUCUAGUCAUCAAGUUAUAUGAGUAUCAAUUGAAAUAGAACCUGUUCUUCGAUGUGUUGUUCAUAUUUAUCAGAUUUUAUUCAGCUUGGUUACGGUUAUUAUAUACAUGUUUACUUUUAAAUAUUUAUACGACGAGCGUACGCGGUUCUAAAAAUGAUAUACGAAAAUAUAAUUAUGUCCUCCAGCACGAAGUU